AUGAUAAAGCUUAUUGUGAAUGGUGCUCCUUAUAUAUACUUUGUAAAUGCUGAAUCAAUGUCCGAAUCAGUUUGGACUUUAAUUGGCAGUCUUAAAGUUGAAUUAGAUUACAUUCAUUAUACAGUUCAACACACCGGCGACGAAAUGGUCAAGGUAGAUUUCACGAUCAAUUUUUUUAUAAGAAGUUCAAUAACAGCAAAGAAUUUGCUUGCUGCUCGAUAUCAUGAAGAUGUUUUUCAUCGCGACAACGACGAGCAAGCAGAGCACACAAAAUGA